CUCUUGGCACACAGGCUUGUCAAGAUGUUGGUGUGAUUUUUUGUGAUUUCAAAUGAACUACUGACUAAUGUUGACCAAUGAAGGAUUAUUUCUACAAAAUGUUCAAAAUAUGAUGCUGGAUCUAAACUUCUCCAACAUGUCUUUGGAGUCCAGUGCUGGGAAGCCAGAGCAAGGCCCGGUGGAGUACCGCAUGGCAGGCCUGGUCUUCUACUGCUUCGUCUUCAUCAUAGGAGUCAUAGUCAAUCUCACUGCUUUAUGGGUGUUUGCCCUCACCACCAAGAAGAGGAACUCAGUCACUGUCUACAUGAUAAACGUGGCAGUGGUAGACCUCACCUUCAUCCUACUGCUUCCCUUCAGGAUAGUUUAUCACCACCAGGACUACUGGCCCUUUGGAGAUCUUUUUUGCCGCAUCAUGGCAGCUCUCACCAUCUUCUACCCCUGCAUGGCCCUGUGGCUAUUUGCUCUGAUCAGUGCUGACCGCUACAUGGCCAUCGUCCAACCAAAGCAUGGCAAGGAGCUGAGGAAUGUCCCCAAGGCCGUGGUGGGAAGCCUCGGGGUUUGGUUCAUGACUCUGGGCAGCACGGUACCCCUGCUCUUCCUCCAGAAUGACCCCGAUCGCAUCUCCAACUUCACCACCUGCGUCAAAAUGCAAGAUAUCAUCUACAUGCGCCAUGACAACGCUGUCAACUUUGUGAGGCUCAUCUUCUUCUUCCUGGUCCCCAUAUGUAUAAUGAUCGGCUGCUAUAUUGUCAUUGUAGAUAAUCUGAUCCAUGGUCGCACCUCUAAACUCAAACCUAAAGUGAAGCAGAAGUCUAUCCGGAUUAUAAUCACACUCAUUAUCCAGGUGUUGGUGUGUUUUGUGCCUUUCCAUGUGUGCUUAGUGCUACGUUUGCUGGGGAAAGGAGAAGAUGGGGGGUAUAGCACAUGGGCGGUCUUCACCACAUUUCUGAUGAACAUGAGUACAGUCUUAGAUAUCAUUCUGUACUACAUUGUCUCCAAGCAGUUCCAAGACAGGGUGAUCAGCGUGAUUCUUUACAGGAACUAUCUGCGAAGUGUGAGACGGAAGAGCAGGCACACACAUACAGGUAGCAUCCGAUCAAUGAGCAACCUGACCAGUGCAAUGAUAUGAAAUGGCCAUCACUUCCAUGUCAACAGCACACUCAUAUGUAUUGUGUAUGCUUUGGAACAAUGUAACACUGAAUGCUUCACUGUGUACAUGGUUCAUUAUCAAAAGGAUCACAACUUGCAAUUAAUUUCCAAGGUGUAAUUUACACUCACAGUAUGGGUGUGCUGCUGUUGUGGCAAAAACAUCUGUGUUCAGAGCUGAUUGACUCACCCAUGAGACUCGAGAUGUUUUCUGUGCAUCUUUGCUCUGGUAGACAAAGCACAAGUACUGUAUGUGUGGCUCAGGUGUAACACAUGCAGGCGAAAAUAAAGCUCACAGUCAGUUAAAACAUAGCCCACAGUAUCUUGGUGUUGUUAUUAUGUGUUAAAUAUUGCCUUCUCACUAUACAUGGCCUGACAUUCUCCACACGGAAGGGGGGGGGGGUUUGGUGUCUACAGGAAAUGAUGCUUGGUUGGCUCUUAAAGGUUGCAGCUUGGUGGUUGCACCACAUCUGCAACCACGCCUGUGUCACACCUCUGCUGCUUCAUGACUGAGUAAAUAUAACAAUCUGUGUUGCAUGAUGUCAUGCAUUUGAUAUGAUAAGGAUUUAAGUUUGUUUGACUAGUGUCACUUCACCUUCACUUUGCCAUAUUUGUGGAUAGGAGUUGAAGCCUAACCACUUGAUACAGGACAUAAUUUUCACCAGAAGAGUUUUGAAAGUUGCUGUAAAUUGAAUGACCAGCUGAUGGCAGCAUGGCACAACUAAAUCCCAUCCACCUGACACAGCGAGGGAAACAGUACUUUCUUUAGUUUUCAAGUGGGCAGUGCAAGAUCACUUGUGUCUUUGCUUAUCUUUUUCCCUUUCCUUUUUGUUUAAUGCUUUAAUAAUAUUUCAACCAGCUUAACAACAGCAAAUCCUUUAGUUUUUAACAUGUGACAUAGCUAUAAUUCUGCCCUCCCACACAGAAGUUGUUAACUACUGUCAUUACUGCUUCCUCAACCAGCAAUCAGACUUAAGUGAGUUUAUAGUGCAAUGCGAAUUUAAUGUUACUCUGUGGUGUAACCACAUGCACCAUGGCAACUUUCUUAACUGGUCAAUCAAUUGUCAACAUGGAGCUAGUUGAGCUGUGUUUCAUUGUGCAUUUCCUUGAAGAGAUUCUGGUUGUAUUUCCAUUUUCUCAGAUCUUGUGCAACCCCAGAUAAAUUCUCACUAGGACAAGUUAGUGUAAUGCAAUUUUAAACUGAUGAAAUGCGCUGAGAGUCCAUACAGUGUUUGGUUGCUUUGUACACUAUUUAUAGGUAAAGAGGUGGCCAAACAGUAAAUUUACACUGUGUUUAAUAAGAGGAAGAAGAAUUCAAGAGUUCCAUCUCACAUGGAAUUCUGGGAACUGCAGUUCAUCACAUGAUGAUAGGUUUAUUGGCUGGUGGACUACAUGUGGAUUUAUAACCAAAAGGUCAAAGGUCAAAUGAAACAUCAGAGGGUUGUCUAUCUGUCCCACCUGUUAGACAUCAAAGAAUAACCAGCAACGCUGCUCACAGCAACUGGCAUUUAAAACAAUUAAGUUUCCUGUCAAGUCCCUGUGAUGAAUUAUCCGGAAGCUUUACCCGCUGUAAUUCUAAAUCUUCCCAACAAGUGCCUUUGUUGUAGAGAAAUUAAUGAAAACAAGAUUGUCUUUCAUAGGAGCUGAUCUAACAGCGCGACAGCCAGCUGCUCUUCUUUGGGAAUAAAAACAGUCAGCAUUAAACACAGCUCAGACAAAAUACUUUUUUUUUUUUUUUUUUAUACCACUCGUGUGGAAAACAAAUCAGGCGGCGAGCGCAGUGGCCAUCUGUUUUGUUAUUUGAUAUGUGUGAAUACAUGUUGUAAUGACUUUGUUUGUGAAUCACUCUGCGCGGCAGAACACACGAGAGCUCUCGAAGUGCUGGAGUGUUCAAAGCUAAUCAUAUAAUUGGACACAAUAGUCGAUGACAAAUGGAGACGCUUGGAGCCAGCCAGCUGGGGAAGUGAAUAUGUAAUCAUUGUAAAAUCAUAUCAUUUUUGCAUAUUUGAAGACAGCUUAAUAGAGUUUGCGUGUCAGCACACUAUCAAAUGAUGA